AUGGAAAAGAAGACUGUCAAAUGUAUUUUUGUUGGGUAUGACAAUCAAAGAAAAGGGUGGCGUUGCUGUGAUCCUACAAUAGAGAAGUGUUAUACGUCUCGUAAUGUAGUAGUUGAUGAAGCUUCAUCGUGGUGGUCCUCUGGUGAACGAGUCUUGACAAAUUCUAACUCCUCUAAAGACGUACUGGAGUCUUCCCCAGUGCAAUUGGGUCUAGGAGGGAAUGAGAGUGCAGACGAAAGUGAAGAUGGUGAAGUCGUGGCAACUCAAGAUCAAGCUAGCGAAUACCAGCAACAAAGUGAAAAUGGGGAUUCCAAUAGAGUGAGUACACCACUUCCGCUAAGAAGGUCCACAAGAGUUAGAAAGCCAAAUCCCAAGUAUGUUAAUGCUGCUGUUAUAGAAGCAGUUAAAGAGCCAGAGACUUUUGAGGAGGCGUUUCAAAAGUUGGAGUGGAUUAAUGCCAUGGAAGAAGAGGUUAUUGCGUUAGAGCAGAACCAGACAUGGGAGCUCAUUCCGAAGCCGAAAGAUGUUAAACCUAUUUCGUAUAAAUGGGUUUACAAGGUGAAGCGCAAUGCAGACGGUUCAAUUAAGAGAUUUAAGGCUCGUCUAGUAGCCCGAGGAUUUUCUCAACAGUAUGAGCUGGACUACGAUGAAGUUUUUAGUCCGGUAGCAAAGCUUGUUACUGUUCGAGUGUUACUUGCACUUGCAGCAAAUAAAGAUUGGGACCUUUAG